AUGCGCACGGAGCGUCCGCCACUGCCACAGGGUGAGCCAGCCUCCGGUCCGCCCGUGCCUCGUGGCGACGCCGGCCGGCAACCAGGGCGUGUUGUUCCGCUGGCGGGCCGCCGCCCGUGGGCCGCACUCAACAGGAAAGCAGCUUCAUCUGAUAUUGAGACGGAGAGCGCAGGUUGGUGGCUGCUGGCUGGGUCGGCCUGGGUGCCCGGGCUGGGCCGGGCCAGGGACCGGUCGGCCGCGCGCAUGCGCUGUGGCCUGGUGGGAAGGGGCGGGGGAGUGACGAGGAGGGGCAGGGCGGGGCGGGUCGAGCCGGCGCUGGCAGUGCCGCUGCAGGCGCGCCAGGGAGCAGGACGGAUGAGCGGCUGCGUGGGCCGCGGGGGCGGCGGCGGUAGGCGGCCGGGCCAGGGGGCGGGCCGGUGGCAGUGUGGCGGCUCGGGGGCGGCGCAGCAGCCCGGCGGGGGCGGCGGCGCGCACUGCGGGCUGUGCUCGGCGCUGGGGCAGCUGGUGCGGCGCGCCAUGUGCCUGGGCGGCGACGCGGGGGGCAGCCGCCGCGGCUCGGAGGAUCGUGGCAGUGAUGGAAACGCUCAGUGGCAGCUAUCGACGCCGCCUGAGCACCUUGAGGGAGCUGUCCCCCCUCCCUGCUCCCAGCCCGCCAUAAAGGCGUCCUAUCGAUCGCCUCCGGCCGCCGUGAGCUUCGGCUGGCGGCUGCGAGGGACAGAUGGUGGCCGCCUCGCUGCUUUCUGA